AUGUUCUUGACAAGAUCCGAAUACGACAGAGGCGUGUCGACGUUCUCGCCCGAGGGCCGUCUUUUCCAGGUUGAGUACUCGCUCGAGGCCAUCAAAUUGGGCAGCACGGCCAUAGGCAUUCUGACCUCCGAGGGCGUCAUUUUGGGCGUCGAAAAGCGGGUCACGUCUCCGCUCUUGGAGUCUUCCUCCAUCGAGAAAAUCGUUGAGGUUGACAAGCACAUUGGCUGCGCCAUGUCUGGCUUAACCGCGGAUGCCAGGUCCAUGAUUGACCAUGCCAGAGUCUCGUCUUUGACCCACAACUUAUACUACGACGAGGACAUGCAAGUCGAAAGUUUAACACAGUCUGUGUGUGACUUGGCGUUGCGGUUUGGCGAGGGUGCGCUGGGCGAAAAGAGGUUGAUGUCGCGGCCGUUUGGCGUGGCCUUGUUGAUUGCCGGGGUGGACGAAAAGGGACCCCAAUUGUACCAUGCCGAGCCCUCGGGCACUUUCUAUCGGUACGACGCGAAGGCCAUUGGCUCGGGCUCCGAGGGCGCGCAGACCGAGUUGCAAAACGAAUAUCACAAGUCCUUGACGUUGAAGGAGGCUGAGCUCUUGGUUUUGAAGGUGUUGAAACAGGUCAUGGAGGAGAAGUUGGACUGCAAAAACGCGCAGUUGGCGUCGGUCACACAAGACGGCGGCUUCCAGGUGUACGCGGACGACAAGACGGACGCGCUCAUAAAGGAGUUGAACGAGACCACGGCCGAGGAGGCCCAGCUUUAG